CUAUAGCUCCAAUUGCAGAAGAAAUGCGUGAUCUAAAAUUUGGAUUUUUGAUUAUCGGAGGAAUUAUUAUCAUUUCUAGUAUCCCACCAGUUCCAGGAUAUGGAUCAACGAUUAUUAUUUGUGGAUAUAUAUAUGGGUUCCCACUUGGAUUUAUUCCAGCAUUCUUUUCCGCUUUGCUAGGCGCAUCUUUUAGCUUCUAUUUAUGUCGAACAAUAUGUCUUGGCUAUGCUAGAAAACUAGCAAAAAAACAAAGCAAUUUUCAAAAAUUAUCAUUGGCCAUAGAAGAAGGUGGAUUCAAGAUAAUUUUUUUAAUAAGAUUAAGUCCUUUUCCAUUUCCUUGGUCAAAUGCAUUUUUUGGUACCAUCCAAUCUGUUAGUUUUUGGAAAUUCUUUAUAGCCACAGCUUUAAGUUUGCCAAAAUUAUUAAUAUAUAUAUUCAUGGGUUCAAGAUUUCGUAAUUUAUCUGAAGAAAUGGAUACAACUUCUCGUAUAAUUAAUUAUGUUACAUUAGCUGUCGGUUUCGUACUAUUAUUCUUUGCAGCUUGGUAUAUCUAUAAUAAAAUGAAUGAAACCGUUGAAAAAGCUGCUUCUCAAAGAUUCAUUCAAAAAAUCGAUAUGGAAAAUAAUGGUGGUCUUGUUGGACUUGGGGACGAAUUAGUUGUUGAUGAAGAACGAACGUGA